UUUAUCGUGUUUAAUUGCUUUUUUGUUCUAGCGUUCGAUUUUUUUUUUUUACAGAAAAUUUAUUAUUAAUUUGUUUGACGUUUUAUUUCUUUUUUUUUCAAACAAUUAUUUUUCAAACGAGUAUUUCAGAUGGUAAAAAUAUACUUAUUUACGAUAUUAUCAAAAAUUGCGUGAUUUAUAUACAUCUCGUACAUUCGAAAAUGAAUGUAUGUAAUUAUCAUGAGAAGAAAAAUAAUCUACAGAUUAAUAUAUAUGUAUAAUAAAAAAACAUUACGGAAUGAAUUUGAUUACGGCGGUUUGGUCGUAGCGUGUGUUGGCGAUGCCGAUGUCGCUGGCGCUGAUUGGUCGAGUGGAACGCGGCGACAGCGCCUAUUGGUUGGCGCGCGGAGGUGCGUUCGAUAGCUUGGCUCGAACCUCCAGUACCCGGCAGAGCCUCGUACGGGAAACUACUUCGUUUAUGUAUCGUUAGAAGCACCGAAACUGCAAACCGCGUGCCUACGUUACUUUUCGCCGUCCGUUCUUCUCGUUUUUUCCUUCCUGUGUCGGCCUUCUUUUUGUGAACACGGUGAUCGACUCGUCUCUCUGGUUCUGUUUUUUACCCCAUCGUAUAUCGGUUUCGUUAACCGUCGCACCAGAGUCAAGUUUGCGACGCCGUUGUUUUUUUCCGGCAGUCAAGUCAACGACGUGACUCUACGAAUCUUCCGACCGCCGCCGGGUGUCGUUACGUGCUUUUAUUGUGACUGAACUCUUUUGUGUUCCGCGAGCUUUCGUUUAUCCAGUGCCCUUUUUGUUGCUUUUUAAGGAUUUUUCUUCUACCUUCUGCGAAAUCGACUCGGGAGAUUGCCUCUUCUCUAUCGAGCUCAUCGUUCCUGAUCCCGGCGCUCUCCCUGCAUCCGAGCGGGCCCACUCCAGGGGAACUCGUAUUUUCUUUUUCGCGGGAACGGGGAGAGAGCAGGGAUACAGUCGGAGGUUGAACAAAGAUACGGUGAUGACAGUGGCACGCCGCGGAGGCUAAGGUGGUGGGGGUGUCGCGGCGGGUGAAGAAGUGGCGAGGCUCGUGGAAAUUGGGGCCGGGAACGGACGAUCCGGGCAGCGGUAGUGGUGGCGGAACGGCAGGGGUACUAUGGGAGCGGGGGUAUGGGGGGCGGAGGAGGGCUGCAAGCCACGGACCUCCGGCGAAGGCUCGAGUCCACGAGGUGUUCGGGAACCACGACUCGUCGUCCCCAGAGUCCUCCUCGUUCCUUAAGGCGCGAUGACCAGGAAGAAAGAGUCGAGCUGCAAGCGACUCUCGCCUCCGGUCAGCCCACGUGUACAGGUUGGCGGCCGUGCAGACGACAGGACGGGAGGAAGGAGGAUGGAGAAGGGAAAGGAGGGUGGAGGAGGUGGUGGAACGGCGGAUCCGGCGUAAUCGGUUCCGCGCGCGGGCCGAGGAUCUUUGGCACGGAUCAGGAUGGGAGAAAGGAAGGAAGGAGCGGGAAGAGGCAUCGGCUUCGAUGGCGUCGAGGGGAUUUGCGGUGGAUCGCGGACGUGGCAACGAGGACCCUCCUCCUCGGCAUCGUGCUUUUCGUUACGCCAGGUCUGUGCAACCAGGACGCGGUGCACAUUACGGCGAUCCUCGGGGAGAGCGUUGUCUUCAACUGUCACGUAGAGUUCCCCGGUGAGCACCCAGUGCCCUACGUUCUCCAAUGGGAGAAGAAGGUAGGAGAUGCGGGGCAGGAGAUACCGAUAUACAUAUGGUACGACUCGUAUCCGACCCACAGUGGCGAGGGUUACGAAGGUCGAGUCUCGAGGGUGAGCCCGAACUCACCUUACGGCGGGGCGAGCCUCAACCUGACCGACAUCCGCGAGAGCGAUCAAGGAUGGUACGAGUGCAAGGUCGUCUUCCUCAACAGGUCGCCCAACAAGAACGGCACCUGGUUCCACCUGGACGUCCACGUUCCAAGAGUGUCGAGGGAGGAUAAAAACGAUUGGUUGGUUUUCGUAGCGCCGCCAAAGUUUAGCAUCACGCCGGAGGAGAUGAUCUACGUGAACGUGGGCGAUGCGAUAAUAUUGAACUGCCAGGCGGAGGGCACGCCGACACCCGAGAUUCUUUGGUACAAGGACGCGAAUCCGGUCGAGCCCUCGUCGACCAUAGGAAUAUUCAACGACGGCACCGAGCUCAGGAUCUCGACCAUCAAGAGCGAGGACAUCGGGGAUUACACGUGCAUCGCUCGGAACGGAGAGGGUCAAAUCAGUCACACGGCCCGCGUCAUAAUCGCUGGUGGAGCAGUGAUCACCGUGCCGCCGAUGAACCAAACCAAAUUGGAAGGGGAAAAGGUGCAAUUUAACUGCGAGGCUAAAGCUCUUCCCGGUAACGUGACCGUACGUUGGUUCCGCGAGGGUUCACCGGUUACGGAACUCUCGGAGCUGGACACGAGGGUGACGAUCAAAUCGGACGGUAGCCUGGUGAUCAAUCCCGUGAGCGCUGACGAUUCUGGCCAAUACCUUUGCGAAGUGACGAACGGCAUCGGUGAUCCGCAAAGCGCUAGCGCUUACCUGAACGUGGAAUAUCCGGCAAAAGUGACGUUCACUCCCACGGUGCAGUAUCUACCGUUUCGGUUGGCCGGUGUGGUACAUUGUUACAUAAAAGCGAAUCCCACCCUUCAAUACGUGACGUGGACGAAGGACAAACGAUUGCUCGAACCUUAUCAAACGAAGGAUAUCGUUGUGAUGAACAAUGGCUCCCUGCUUUUUACACGAGUCAAUGAGAAUCAUCAGGGCCGGUAUACCUGCACGCCUUAUAACGCGCACGGCACGCAAGGAAGUUCCGGACCGAUGGAGGUGCUUGUGCGAAAUCCGCCUGUGUUCACUCUCGAGCCGGAGCCGAUCUAUCAGAAAAAGGUGGGCGAAACGGUGGAGAUGCACUGCGACGCUCAAGAAGCGGAGGGCACGCAGAAACCCACGAUACAGUGGCACAGGAGGGAUGGCGCGUCCAUCCAACGAAAUCGGGCCAAGACCGUCGGCGGGAAUUUGACGAUCGAAAGCCUUCGCCGCUCGGAUUUCGGCUUCUACCAGUGCGUGGCGUCCAACGAGGUUGCCACCAUAUCGGCCUCCACGCAAUUGAUCGUCGAAGGCACCCAACCCCACGCUCCGUACAACGUAACCGGUACUGCGACCGAGUUCUCGGUCACGUUGACUUGGCUGCCGGGAUACUCUGGAGGGCCUGAUUAUAAACAAGACUAUACCAUCUGGUACAGAGAAUCGGGUACGUCGGAAUGGAAGAUGAUUCCGGUAACUCCGUCGGGAAGCACAACGGUGACGAUCAACAGUCUGACACCAGGAACGCUGUACGAGUUCCAAGUGAUAGGGAAGAACGCUCUGGGCGAUGGAAUGUUGAGCAAACUCAUCACCAUCAGGACCCUUGACAUCUUAGAUCAUAAUACACUCAUAUUACCGACCGAUUCCACCGGCAACCCAGUGUUCCCGCCAAUCAUGCGCCCGAAAGGACCAAAGCCAGGUCCUCCGAAAAAUCUGACGGUGACGGAGGUCAGUAACGGUUUCCUCAUUACCUGGGAGGCCCCUGUGGAGCGUAAUCAUCUGAUUCAAUAUUACACCAUCAAGUAUAAGACGGACGGGCCGUGGAAAACGCUGAACAAGGGACAGAUCCGAGCCGAGGAAACCAGUUAUUUGGUGAAAAAUCUGGUCGGUGGUAGGACCUAUUAUUUCCAAGUGUUCGCGAACUCGGCGACCAACUACGGUGCAAGCGAUCAGGUGAAAUUCGCAGUCCCGGCUCGGGUGAAGCACAAGGCGAUCACCGCGGGCGUCGUCGGUGGUAUACUUUUCUUCAUUGUCGCGAUCAUCCUGAGCAUAUGCGCGGUGAAGAUUUGCAAUAAGCGGAAAAGACGAAAACAGGAGAAAGAACUGCUUUCAGCGUAUAGUAUGGUGGCCUGCCGGGUCACCGACGCCAGGAACGGCGCAGGGCAGGGGCCCCAGGGAACAGUGCCUUUGAAAAAACCUAGAAAAAGCCGAGUACCAGGUCUGAAUCUCCUGAGGGAGAUUCUGAACCCGGGCACACCGGACUCGUGCCGCGGUCGACCACUGGGUAAGAUCUCGCGGGCGGCCGACGGCCGCUUCGUGGUGGCCGACUCGGCCCUCAGCUCGGCCAACAACAGCAUCCUGGACGCGUCGAGCAGCGACGACGGCGGUUUCCUGCCGAAGCAGCGGCUGGCCAAGUCGUCGUGGAGGCGGCCACUGGUCGGCACCAGCCAGCUCAGCCUCAGGUCGGACGGGAGCGGUGUCUCGAUCGGCGGCGGCAUCCCCCCCUCGAUGCACCACCACCACCACCACCACCACCACCACCACCACGGGACCGUGAACUCGUUGGCGAGGAUAGCGCCGACCGUGUGCACCAUCUCGUCGCCCAGGUUCUUGGCCAGCUCGCCGAGCGGCCCCCAAGUGCCGUGGACGCCGCUGUACUUCAGCGACCUGAGCUCGGUCAGGCAGCCAUCCUCGGGCGGGGAACGCUCGUUCCCGACGCCGCCCGAUUACCUGCAGCUUCGCAGCGUGCACCAGCGGUACAGCCAGGAGCUGCCCUCGCUGAAGGCGAUACACGCCGAGUCGAGGAGGUUCGUGCCCGUCCAGCCGCUGGCCACCUCCUCGCCCCCCCAAUCGGCGGGCAGGUCGAGGGCGAGGCUGCCGCCGAGGCACGCGAGGCACGCGAGGUCCGCCCCCGAGUUGGCCGCCUCGCCCGACCUCGAGACCUCGCCGGAGAGCAGGUCGAGCAGCUCGGGUUUCGGGAGCAAGAACACGUCGCAGCAGAAUCAGAGCUCGAGGAGCGGAAGCACGGUGGCCGAGUGGAGGCCGCCUCCUUACAGGCCGCCACCCCCGCCCCUGGUCGGGCGCUGGCUGGAGCUCCAGGAUCAAGCCAAAGUCGGGCACACGCACGUCCAGACCACGGCCGUGGACGCGGGCAGCGUGGACGGCCAUUACGAGUUCGACCCUGUCUCGUGCACGCCCACCCCCACUUCCGCCUCCACCCCCACGAGGGAGGAGAGGCCGCCCGUCCACCAGAUCCACGCCGUGCACGUGCCCCACCAGGUGCACACGGUUCAUCAUCAGACGCCGAGGUACAGCAGGGACAACAUCGAGGCCAGGGUGCAAGCGAUGAAGGCCGAGUUCCAUCAAUUUCGACAGCGGCAAGCGAGGAGAAGGCAGAGCGCCCAUCUCGAGAGCGCGUGUUGAAGGGAGAGAGAGAGAGAGAGAGAGAGAGCACUGUUCCAAAUACUCGUCGUCGCAUCAUCGAAUUUCCACACGAGCAGCAGUUCGAUCAUCGGACGUGUCUUCGUUGCUUCUUUCGCUCCGGUGGCCGUCGAUGGAGAGCGGGGAAGCGGGGCCGCUAUCCCGAAACCUGUGGAGAAGAAACGAACGCGCGAUUUUCGUAUUCGUUCGGAGACCAACCGUUAAAAAAAAGCACAACGAGGAUCAUCGUACGCGAUUCCAGUAUAGGCAACUUCAAGUCAAUUCUAUCAGCUGGGCAACCAUCUCUAUAAAAACGUAGAAAGAAAAGAAAAAAAAAUCGAAAAAAAAAAGAGAAAAAAAAAGAGAAAAGAAAAGGCUGUUAACGACAAACAUCAGCUCAGGACAUUAUUAAAUUUUCAUCGAUGAACGAACGACAAACGUAGUAGAACGAAUGCGUUGUUAAGAAGAACCUAUCUAUCGUUCGAGUUCGAUCGUUGUUGAUUCGAGAGGAGACACCAGCGUUAGAAACGCAAGAAGCAGCAGGAGAAGGAGAAGGAGAAGGAGAGGGAGAAGGAGAAAGAAGAGGAGGAGGAUCGACGCUCGAUGGCGAUUCGACGAAAGAAGAGAAGAAGAGGAAAAGAAAGAAGAAGAAGCGAGACGGAGACGAUUCGAAUUCGACGAUCAUUUAUUAUUGGUCAUAUCCCGCGUGGUACCAACGACGCCUACGUCCAAUUCGAAGGACCGCGAUUUUUAGCGUUACUAAUAUUAUCGAGUAUAGAGACAUAGUCGGGGAAUGGUUUCCAAGCAAAAGCGAGAAACGAGCGAGAACCGUUUCGUACCGAUUAACUAAAAUUAUUAUUCCGACCGACAGACUGCGCGAUACGAUCGGCAUUGAAUACGCGUGGAGGUUUUACUUUAGGGAAGAAUGUUGAUAAAAGAAAAAAAAAAAAAACGAGAGAUGGCACGAUACUCCCAAAGAAUCUGUACCAUGCUCCGUACUAUACCUUUUAAAAACGACACGUAAGAUUAACCUUAAUCGUACACUGUAAGUAUUACAAUUAAAGGAAAACGGAAAAAAAAUAAAUAAAUAAAUAACGAAAAAAAAAUAAAUACGAAAGCGAAUGCGAGACAACAAAAAAAAAAGAGGAAAUAAGAAAAGACACGAGUAAGAUAAUCGAAGAAUUACCACACACGUAUACAUACAUACACACAUGAGAAAUUAAGUAAUGAAAAAAGAAAAAAAAAAGAAAAAAAAAAAGAAAAAAAGAAGUUUAAAAAAAGUAAAUUAUAUCGACGAGCAAUGGACUCGAAACGUGAUAUUAGGCCGAAGCUUGCCUGGAGAUUGCUUAAGGACUCACUCGUACUGCACUGCCUGUUUAGGGUUUCGCUAGCGACCCAACAUAUUAUCGGCACAAUAAUUUUUCUUAAGCAAACGUAAACGAGAAUAAAAUAACGUUCUUUGAAUCUAUCGCGCGCGUCCUGACGGCCACGAGGCUUGCGUACACGUGCGUGCACGCUUUCCGCGAUUAUCGAGAACCGUUCACCGCCUUUCCCCUUCCCUCUCCUUCCCCCUCCUACCUCCUCCCUUUUACUCGGGUCAAACCUUUCGAUCGGAACGACUUUUGCCACGCGCGAAAACUUCCCUUUCGGUCAACUGCCAGUGAAUGCCGACGACGACGAUGACGACGACGAUGACGACGACGAUGACGAUACCGAUGACGACGAAAAAAAAAGAAAAGAAAAUUCCUCCUGAUUCAUUCCUGAUUCAUCCCGAUUCCGUUGGUCCCGACGGGGAAAGCGUUCGCCACGCAAAAGCUCCUGUGACUGAUUAAACGAACGAUAAAAUAAAACAAAACUGAAAGGAGACGACCGCUGCUAAUCGUGCACUCGCGUGGAUGCAUCGCCCUUCGAAUGCCGUGAUCCGUGCAUUAUAGGAAGAAAACAAUUAUACACGCGUACACUCGUAUCGACACACGACGUUAAAUACGACGUACAUUCUUACACUACUAAAAUUAUACAUACAGACGAAGCGAAAAAGGAUGAGCGCGAGAGAGGAUGAGUGAACGAUGGUGCGAAUGAACACGGACACACGCGUAACACGAACACGUUCUUCGAGACCCACCUGAUUUUCACCAAACGCAUUCUAUUAGGGGAAAAAAAGAAAAAAACGAAAAAAAAAAAAAAAUAAUCAUCUCGAGUCGAGGACGAAGCUCGUGGUCGGCCCACAGAGUGUUCGAGGAUGCGAAAUACGGGCUAACUUCGAUCGAGUUAAAAAAGAAACGCGACCUAAACGAAAAUAAAGAUCAAGAUCUGACAAGUAUUUUCCCGCGAGACGUUAUGCGAUAUAAAUAUACAUUAUAUAUUAGGUACCGCGUUACUUCGAUUUUCAAUCGGAAACCGCUUCCAAUUUCAUUGCAACAAUUUCUUAUUUUUCUCCACCUUUUUUUUUUCUUUUCGUAAAUCCUAAUUUGAUUCCCUCUUUUUCUUUUUUUUUUUUUUUAUUAAGAAUAAAAAUGCGACCGCAUGCGGAGCUAUCGAAUACUCUCUCGGCGCCGCGCAAUUUCCCCUCGACGCCUCGGCAUUUUAAUUUUCUUUAUAGUACAAAACAAACUUAUUUAUACGUACCUAUUAUACAUACUUACUUAUAUUAUAUAAAUAUAUAUUAGCAAGGGCCCUACUCACGAUUCAACUAUACUUUUACGUUGAAAGGCGUAAAAACCGACAAAAUGUAAACGACGAUGCGGACGCUGUCGCGCAGAACGCUCUGUAUAAUUUUCUUCGUAACAUGUAACCGAAUACGUUGUGGCGCGGGAUGAAUGCUGUAUUUUGCGCGUUUAGAGAGCGAGAGAACGGCGAGGAUGUGUAUGAGUUUACACGAAUGUACUUACCUGCGUGCCUGAGUGAGAAAGAGCAGAGGAGAAGUAAGGGAGAGAAAGAGGCGACCAACGUUUCGAAGAAACGCAAUAAAAAUCUACAAACACGCGUGUAGCGAUUAAAUCGUGCGGAACGUAAUGUCAGAAAGAGAAAGAGAGAGUGUACGUUGUGCGCGCGUGAGAGAGUGAGAGUGAGAAUGUGAGAGACUGCAAGGGGAAAAGAAAGAGUGCGGAAUAAACGAAGAAGAGAGGAUAGAAAGAAAGAGAGAAAGAUGAUGAAACGGAGAUGACGCGAAAGAGUACCAAUAUUCUAAAGUAAUUCUAAUGAUUGAAUUAAUAAUUUGAUAAUUAAUCGAUAUUGUACAUCGUAAACGACGUAGCGUGUAGGAUAUUAAUCAACGAGAACUACGAACGCGGCGACGAUAAUUAAUUCGUUAAAUUAAUUAUUAUUACUCGAGGAGAAGAAGCGUGAUCGGGCCACGCUGCGAUUUUCGAUUUAUUCGUUAUUCGUUGUAUCAUAAUAAAGUCGAAUGUUAAUAGGCGCGUCUCGAUCAGGCUUACGAUCAUCUAUAAAUAAUCUACGCCGCAACUGUCCACGCGAUGCCGUCUAUCUAACGAGAAGACGCGAAUUCUCGCCGAAAAUUGUCAAGCUCGAACAUUCUCGUCCGAACGGGAAAAAAAGAAAAAGAAAAAUAAAAAAAGAAAAAAAAAAACUAAAGGAAUCGAUCGGUAAUCUUUUUAUACGUCUAACGGCCAUGAUCGAUUCGAAUCAUCCAUCGUUUGUUCGUCGGAGCGGGAAAUCGAGCUGGACGGGAGCACACGGCACCAUGUGGAAAGUCGAUGUGGUGGAGUAACGUGUCUAACCGAAGAAAGGGGAAGAAAAAAAAAGAAGAAGGACAAGAAGAAGAAAAAGAAGAAUCGAGAACGUCGAUCGAUCGCCUCCGUGGAUCGAUGUUCUCGUCGACUUUUCUUCCUUCGUUUCGGGCUUUCGAGCCCGUUUAGACUGUCGAAGAAAAAAAAAAGAAAAAUAGAAAAAAGGAAAAAAAAACUGGAAAAAUCGAGCGAAAAAGGAGAAAGAUCAACCAAUCGAUAUAGGCGUAUAAGUAAAGUGUAGAUAUAUCAUAGUUAGAUACAACGAUCUCAAGAGGACACCCAGUGUCGACGAUCGCAAUGAAUCGAAAGGAUGAGAUGGAAACGGGGCAUCCUCGACGAUCGUAGAGGAUGCCUCGGUUACAAAUUUUCAGCGUAAUCUCGUGGCACGUAUUACCACGAAUAAUCGUUAAAGAAUCUGAGAUUUAGCAAGGAAUUAUAUAUAUAAAUAUAUAUAUAUACAUAUAUAUAUAUAUACAUAUAUAUAUAUAUAUAUAUAUAUAUAUAUACAUUAUGUACGUGUAUAUGUAUACAGAGAUUGAAAAGAAGAAUACGAGAUUAUUAUAAAGGGAGAAACAAUUAACAGUUUCGCGCGAUCGCGUGUUAAAUGAAUAAUAUGGUUGAAUCGUGAAUCCGUUCGUGUAACGUUUGUCAUCGUUGCAUUCAUUCUCGAUAACUUGGUUUCCCAUUCCGAAUGGAUUUAUCGUUCUCUUGUCCUUUUUUCUUUUCUUUCUUGUUCAUUUUCAUACUUUCAUCGCUCCAUCGCCCAUCCACACACACACAUACACACACACACAUAUAUAUCCUCCCUCUUCCACUUUUUCUAACUUUUUUCACGCACUCCCUCUUUCUUCUCCCCUCUCUUCCCCCCCACUACCUCCGAGUCGUCACUUCACCUUCCUUCCUUUUUCUUUUCCUUCGUUACUCGUGACCUUAGUAUCGUGUUAUUUAUUUAGAGUUCGAGCGAGUAUAAACUUACCGCCGGAUGUGGAAGAAAUUAAUUUAGGUAUUCGCUCUUUUCACGUACCUGAAAGCCAUCUGGCAUAGCAUAUUUUUCCGAAUCGCGAGUGAAAUUCUUAUCGCUCGAAAGCAGAACGUUAUAGCGAUACCACCAACGCGGGCCACAUUACUGGAACAACAUUACCGAUUCGCGAUCGAGCUCGAGAUGGCGCGAGAGUCGGAUCAAUCGGUUAGCCAUCACGUUCCAAACGAUUUACGAUUUUAUUUUAUUCGCACACCACGGUUUCCUACUAUAUUUACGAUAGACUCGAAAGAACUCGCGAAAACAUUGCACAAGAUAUAUAUAUAUAUAUGUAUAUAUAUAUGUAUAUGUAUAUGUAUGUAUAUAUAUAUGUAUAUGUAUAUGUAUGUAUGUAUAUAUAUAUAUAUCAUCGAACCGCGCGAUUAAAACGUCUAGAACAUCUUUUCGAUUAUCUUUUUCGAUCGCGCACAUUUAUACAGCGUCACUCGUGGCUAAAUUUAAAAUGGCUCUCGGGUACUGUACCGUAACGCUUCACUUCACGGUGGUUGCGAUCUUUUCUCAUCACCAUCACGGUAUUUCGCAUUCUUUCGACGCGAGUUUUCCUUCGAAAAUCGACGAAAACCGCAAAAUCGAUCGUUUGAUGAUGAAGAAAGUUCGAAAGAAAGAACGAAAGAGAGAGAAAGAGAGCGAGCGAGCGAGCGAGAGAAAGAGAGAGAGAGAGUGUGUGAGUAAAGGAAAGGAAUGGGAUUCUAGCGCCGCCAAAUGAACGAUCGUCGCAGUUCCAGAUACGAGUUUUCGAGUGUUCAAAGGUCCAUCGGCAUCGAGUACACCGACGACAAUUUAGCACAACGUCCAAUCGUUCGUUGAACCGUGUUCAUUGUUCGUUUUCGUUUGAUGAAAAAAAGAAAAAAAAAACAAAAUCCUUUGAUUUACAUUCGUACCGGCGUACGUAUUCGUUCAAUCGCCGGAUACGUGCAUUCGCGCGCGCGUGCAUCAUCCAAUGUAAUCUUCUUAUCCUCACGUAUCUUCUGUAUCAUCUGUCCCCUCGCUACUUUCGCUUAUAUGUUACAUACAUACAUACACAUACACAUACACAUACAUAUAUACAUACACCCGUACAACAUACGUACACACACACACGCAUUCGUACAUACAAACAGACAUAUUAAACGUCCGUUUUCUCGCUGCACGCGCGACAUCAAAUCGAGCAACAAAAAAAAAGAAACACGAGAGAAAAGCGAAAAAAAGAAAGAGAAGAAAAAAAAGAAAAGGAAAAGGGAAACGAACGAGAGGCGCGUUUUCGUUAGUCACAUUCGCGAGUGCUCGCUAUUUCACCUCCAUUUUUCACCGUUUUAUUGAUUGACCUAUGCUUUCUCGCGAAUCCCCCCCCCCCCCUCCCCCCACGAGAACUUCAAGACGUACUAACCUAUAGGACAAAUUGUAGACAAAUUUAUUAUCAAAUAAAAAUGAAAAAAUAAAGCGACGUUUGAAAGGAAAAAAAAAAAAAGAAA